AUGAACCGACCAUUGGCAGAAAACAACACGGAUGCUGCGGCAAUCUCGAAAGGUUCGUCUCAACAUGGGCAUAAAAAGGUUAAUUCCGCUUAUCUUCAGGACAGGAUGUGCCUUAGUCUGCGGAUCCAAUGUACUUUUUUUAGCUUCACAGGCCUAAGUGCUGCUCCUGCCGAAGGGGAGUGUACACACCUAGCUUUUCUGUGCCAUAUCUGGACGGACUCCUGCAGGUACAAUGGUCGAGAAGACAAAAAUAAUUGCGGACUCUUAUCCGAUAGAUCUUGGCUGCAGCAGUUCUGCAUAUUGUUCAUGCACGAGUGCGAAAAAAUCAGCCCAACAUCUCGAUUCACGGCCGGAAACACACGCACGCCCGCUUGGCAAUCAUGGUGGGAAGUGAAAAGACUAGUGACCCGAAGGUGCAGGGAAGCUAUGCAACGUAAUUACCCCGGGAACUAG